AUGACAGGUCGGUUUGAUUUCCCAUGGCGGGGGGAAAGGGAUGGAGCGGGGAAGGAAGAGGAGAGGCGGGGGGGAGGGGAGAAAAGAACCUACCAGCCAAUGAACCGGACCCACCCGAGCCACGUGACCCAGUUCGGUGGGCGGGGCCAAGGCAGGGAUAUAGUCCUGGGUGCGAGGGAACCGGCCUCACGUGCGAAGCCUGGGGGUGGGAGCGGUCUGGACUACCGCGUGGGCUGGGCUUGUUGGUCCUGUAUUGGCUGGGGGGGCGGGGAAGAGGGAGUCUUCACGGAGCCUCUCCACAAGCUUCAGAUUGGCUUGGCCGGCGGCCGCGGCGAGGAGCGGGGAGGGGGCGUGGUGCUAGGGAGAGGCUCGGGGCGCGAGGACCGGGCAGGGAGGCGGGGCGCAAGCGGGCCAGGCGAGAGUGGGAGCGCGCGGGCGGGGGGGAGGGGCCGGGGCGGCGGAGGAGGAGGAGGCGGCGGCAACGGAGGCGGUGGGGGCCGGUACCGGACCCGGACCCGGCGGGAUGAGCGAGGCGGAGACGGCGGCAGCUGCCCCGGCGGCGGAUGCGGCGGGGGUCGGGGUGGUGUCGCCCGGGGGUGA